AUGGGCCAAACAGGUCACCACCAGGUGAAGGAUGGGCCAAACAGGUCACCACCAGGUGAAGAGUUGGCCAAGCAGGUCACCACCAGGUUAAAGUUUAAAAAGCCCUACAGCUACUGUGACAAAAUUGGUCUGGCUGCUGCCCGAUCUGCUCCGGCACACAUGCACAAUAUGGGGUGUAAAGGUGAUUUGGUGUGGUUUGACCCCGGCGUUGGCUACCUGAUCCCUGGUGAAGUUCUGGAGUACUCCCGCCCUGCCCAGGUAGUUACUGUCCAGGCGGUCAUCAGUGGACAGCCCCAAAGUUUUACACUGACCAAUCUGACGUCGGUAAAGAAGAGACAGGAUCUUGGACAGAAUGGUAUUGAAGACAUGGUCAAUAUUGUCGACCUGAACGAAGCCUCGUUGUUAUGGAAUUUGAAAAUUCGAUACGAGAAGGAAUUCAUUUAUACUUACACGGGCAGUAUCCUGGUAGCCGUGAAUCCUUACAAAAUGUUUGAUAUCUACGGUUUGGAGAUGGUGAAGAAAUAUGAAGGUCAGAUUCUAGGAACAUUACCACC